AUGUCAAAAGAUUCACAAGUUCAAAUUGCAAUAAAUGCACGAGAAACUUCCAAUAAACUUCGAUAUCUAACUGCAACAGAAAGGAGUUUAGCUCUUAAUAAAAUCAAAGCCGCUCUCGAGAACAAUAAACAUGAUAUUUUUAAAGCGAACGAACAAGAUAAACUGAAUGCGGAUAAGCUAGUAAAAGCCGGUACCCUUUCUGCAUCCCUAUUCAAACGAUUAGACUUAGAAAAAGGGGACAAGUUUGCUACAAUGCUUCAGGGAAUUUCUGAUAUUGAUCGUUUGCCUGAUCCUAUUGAACAAAUUACAUACUCAAGUAAACUUGAUGAAGGAUUGGAAUUAUAUCGGGUAACUUGCCCGGUUGGUGUAUUAUUGGUAAUUUUUGAAGCAAGGCCUGAAGUAGUUGUAAAUAUAACUGCAUUAGCUAUAAAAUCUGGCAAUGCGGCAAUCUUAAAGGGUGGAAAAGAAUCUAACCUUACAUUAACUGCCCUAUUUUCUGCUAUUCAAUCUGCACUAAACGAUACUGCAAUCCCACCCAAUGCCAUUCAACUUGUUAAAACUCGAGAUGAAAUUGAGAAUUUACUAGAUCAGGAUAAAUAUAUUGAUUUGGUUAUUCCGCGAGGAAGCAAUAGUUUGGUGAGAUAUAUACAGGGAAAAACAAGGAUACCAGUUUUGGGUCAUGCUGAUGGAUUAUGUACAGUAUAUGUUGACAAAGAUUCUGAUCUUGAUAAAGCAAUCCGCGUCGUUGUUAAUUAUCCUGCUGCUUGCAACGCCGCUGAAACCCUUCUUAUUCACCGCUCGGUUCUCUCUUCACAUUUUUUGCCAAUUGUUACCGCUUUACAAAAUAACAAAGUUUUAUUGCAUCUUGAUCAAGAAUCAUUGUCUCUACUUCCAUCAUCUUAUGAUACUUCUCGAAUUCAAUCAUGUGUUUCUGAAGAUUUUGACACGGAAUUUCUGGAUCUUGAAAUGGCUGUAAAAGUGGUUAGUGAUGUGGAAGAAGCGAUACAACAUAUAAAUUCUCAUGGUAGUAAACAUACAGACGCAAUUGUAACAGAAAAUGAGUCAGUCGCCAAAAGGUUUAUGCAGGGUGUUGAUGCAGCAGGUGUAUAUUGGAAUGCGAGCACUAGAUUUGCAGAUGGGUUUCGAUAUGGUUUUGGUGCCGAAGUUGGGGUAAGUACAAACAAAACUCAUGCGCGUGGUCCUGUUGGCCUUGAAGGGCUAUUAAUCUACAAAUACAAGCUUUGUGGAAAUGGACACGUAGUGAGUGAAUUUGGUGAGGGAAAGAAGAAAUAUUUGCAUGAGAAAAUGAGUGUAUUUCGAGACUUAAAAUAUGACGAUUCUGCUAACAAUCAUUGA